AUGCAAGUAUUGAGAUACGAGCAUGGGCAGAAAUAUGAUCCCCACUAUGAUUACUUUGUUGACAAAGUUAAUAUUGCUUGUGGUGGACACCGGUUGGCAACUAUACUCAUGUAUCUUACAAAUGUUGUAAAGGGUGGUGAAACAGUGUUCCCCUCAGCUGAGGAGAACAAAUCCAAGUCCCUGUUAAAUUUUGGAGAUGAAGAGUGCAAACAGAUGCUUUGUGUUGAUGGGGCAGUAAUUGAGAAGCCAACUACAUUGGAACAAGGUAAGGAAUGGACAGGCAGGCUAGAGCUCUUGGUAGUCCAUUCAAGUUGA